AUGGAUUCCUUAAGUUUAAGUAUAGAUAUUCCAAACUUACCACGUCCAGUCGUGAUCGCUCAAAGUAACAGUACUUUGCUAGUCAAAAACAAUCCAAACACACCCAAUUCCACUGAUAUAAUAUCAAACCCACUCAAUAUGACUGCUUCUACUAUGUCCAACUUAGUUUCCGCUGGUGCCGUUGCUGCCUCUUCCGUCACUGGUAAAGCCGCUUCUACCAUGUCCAACUUAGUCUCUACUGGUAAUGUUGCUGCUUCUUCUGUCACUUCCAAGGGUGCUUCCACUAUAUCUAACUUAGUUUCUAACGGUAACGUUGCUGCCUCAUCUGUCAAUGCCAAGGCUGGUAAUGCCACCACCACUUCUAAGAACGCUGCCGCCGCUGGUAUGGUUGCUAACCCAAUCUCUUGGAAAUACGGUGUUGCCAUCGGUAUUGCUAUGAUCGGUUCUUUGAUCUUCGGUGCUGAAUUAUAA